UCAGAUCCCUAAAAAAAAUCGUGAUAUCUCGACCAAUGAUUAUCCGUCAGUUUUUGUCAAGGGUCAAAACGACUAGUUUAUAGUUCGGAACUCUCCUCAUUAUUUAAAUAUGGUAUAUUUUUGAGAAGACUGUAACACCAUCUUGUAACAUCCGGUUCGAGCACACCACAGAGAUCAACCGCCAUGCUGAAGCUGUUCACAGUCACUAUACUUUUGUCUUUAGGACAAUUAGCAAGUGCAGCUUCUGAUGCUUUACCAUGUAAGGUUGGAAGACAUCCACCAGGAAAAUGUCCAUAUGAUCCAACACGAGGUCAAUGUGAGGAAGAAGGCGACUGUCCAAUGGGCAGGUUAUGUUGUGAUGAUGGUUGUGGAACAAUUUGUCAAAAUACUACAAUAUCCCAGGCACAAUCCCCGGCGACCGCAGCUCCAACCUUAGUCCCAACAACAACCGGUGUGUGUCCUAUACCACAUGGAUUGGGUACACUUUGUUUAUUUAUAACAGCUAAAGGAACGUGUUUUGAAAAUACUGAUUGUGAUCCAGGUCAGCUGUGCUGUAAUGAAGGAUGUGGCAAAGUUUGCAAAACACCCAUUCCCACAGCAAGCUCAACACCACUCCCCGAACCACCUAUACCUCGACCCGUUACGAUACACAAAGGUAAAUGUCCGUAUGUUAAUAUGUAUGUAACCUGUAAAAGACCGUUGGCCUAUAGCUGUUUCAGCAGUAACCACUGUGGUGCUAAUUAUAAAUGUUGUAGAGAUCCCUGCGCUUAUAGAUGUAAACGGGUUCAUAUAACAAAAUCAGGAACGUGCCCUCUACCACCAUCUGGUAUAUGGAAUAAAUGUAGAGUUGUAAAUAAAUGUACAGAUGAUGGAGAUUGUCGUGGUACUGCUAAAUGCUGUAAUCAUCCAUGUGGUAAACAAUGUAUAUGGGCUGUUACUGCUAAACCAGGUCACUGUGAAGCACCACCAAGCCCUUCGGCUGUGUACUGUAUUACAAAAAAUGAUAAGUGUCAUAAAGAUGGCGAUUGUCCAGGUUUACAAAAAUGUUGUAAUCACCCUUGUGGUAACCAGUGUCGAAACACAGCUGCCCCACCCAAACCAGGUAUUUGUCCACAAGUAUCGAGAGAAUUUCGAUGUGUUAGGUGGCAAAAUGACUGUCGAUCAGAUAAAGAUUGUCCUGGUAAAAGCAAAUGCUGUUCAACGGCUUGUGGUGUUAGCUGUGUUCACCCAACCCAUUACCUAUAUUCUGGUUAAACUGCUGUGAAACUUCGCUUCUAGAUUUUUGGGCUUCUAAUUUUAUUUUUAUACGAAAACGAAAAACUAUGGUUUUGUUUUUUACAUUUAUAAUUAAUUUAAUUUAUUUGCAGAUUAUCCAAUGUAAGCGAUGGGGUAAUAUAAAGUGCAUUCAUAUUGUUAAUUGGCAAUAAAGAUUACAUGA